AUGAUCAGUCCGAACAAGGUUUCGCCAUCUGUCCUUGCGGCGCGUGAAGAGCUUAAUCGAGCUCUGGAAGCCAAACAUAUUGACGCCAGGCAAAUGACACCAAGUAACCAUGUUCUCUUUGCGGAUGGAUUCAGUACCAGCUCAGCCCGCUUGAACGAUGUCGACUAUCGCAAAGCACCCGAGAAUCCUUUUCCCGCGCCGCUGGAUGAUGCCCUCGAUGCUGCGCUCUUUGCUCUCUCACCAGAUGGGGAACAACUUCGAGGGCGGCUCAUCAUCUUUGGUGGUGAGUCUGCUGGUGCCUAUCUCAGCGUAUGGACUACCUUGGAGCUCGCCACCGAGGAAUAG